AUGACACCUAAUUUUUUAAAGGUCAAGAUAAUAAUCCUUGGUGUGCUUCAUGCUUUUGGGGUUUUCUUUAUUUUAUUCAUAAGAGACUUUGAGACCACAAAGGCAAACGCCGCAUGGGUUGGAUCGAUAGCUUAUGGAUUAUCAAUGUUGACGGGACCUCUUGCUGGAGUAGUGAUAAACAAGUUUGGACAUCGUGUAUCGAUGAUGUGUGGCGGGUUGCUUUGUUUUAUUGCAUUGCUAUCCUCGUCGUUUGUGAACAGUUUAAAUCACUUAUUUUUUACCUUCUCGUUUAUCUAUGGUUUAGGCACCUGCUUAUGUAUAACCCCUACAAUGACCCUGGGACAAGAUUAUUUUGAAAAAUAUUUAAGUGUAUCUAUUGGGAUCAUAACCUCUGGGAGCAGCAUUGGAACCCUAGUCAUGGCCCCAACAUCACAGGCUCUCAUCGACUCCGUUGGCUGGAGAAACACGUUUAGAAUAUACGCGGUGGCUUGCUUAUUUACUUCUCUAUUUAACUUUUUUGUCCGGCCCAUUAGUAAUACAAAGAAAACAGCAUCCGAGACGUUAAGAUCUUCACCUUUACGGCGUUUAAUACAGGAACUGGCCCUGUGGAAGAAUCGGGUAUUUAUAGUAUGGAGUACUGGAAUCACACUUGUCAUGUUUGGUUAUUAUAUUCCUUAUGUUCAUUUGAUUUCUUUUGCAUUAGAUGCUGGUAUCACCCCAGAUCAAGGUUCGAUUUUAAUUAUGGUUUUUGGUGCAUCAACUGCUAUUGGAAGAUUGACAUUCGGGAAGAUCGUUCAGCUGGGUCUACUGAACAGACUGCACAUGCAUCAAUUAUCUAUGAUCGUGUGCGGUACUGCCACCAUGUUCUUGCCGUUUAUUCAGUCCUUUGGUGGUUUGCUGAGUUACGUUGUAUUCUUUGGGAUGGUUGAUGGAUGCUUUGUAGUUCUCCUUCCAUUGAUGACAUGUUCUCUUGUACAAGCCGAUAAGGCAGUUCUUGCUUGGGGAUUUUUGAGUGGUACUUCAUCAAUCACUUUUACGCUAGGGCCACCAAUAGCAGGAUUUCUGUACGACUCUUUGGGCUCUUAUAAUGUGGCUUUCCAUGUGGCUAGUAUACCGGUCAUUGCUGGAGCACUGGUGCUGUUUAUGAUCCCCUGGGCACAAAGAACUUCCACCACCACGCGGCCGUAA